GGACUUCAGUAUAGCAGAUUACGACUACCUGCCCGUGUCUUCUGAAAUCAAAGAACUCUUUGAGUAUAUCAAGAGGUACACUCCCAAACCAAUAGAGAUUGAGUACAAACUGCAGCCUUUCAUUCCAGACUUUAUUCCUGCAGUUGGGGAUAUUGACGCAUUUCUAAAGGUUCCCCGUCCCGAUGGCAGCCCUGAUAACCUGGGGCUGCUGGUCCUGGACGAGCCGUCGACCAAGCAGUCAGAUCCCACCGUGCUCUCCCUUUGGUUGACGGAGAACUCCAAGCAGCACAACAUCACACAGCAGAUAAAAGUGAAGAGUGUGGAGAACGUAGAGAAGAACCCCAAAGCCAUUGAGAGCUGGAUUGAAAGUAUCAACGAACUGCACCGCUGCAAACCCCCUGCCAGGGUCCACUACACCCGGCCAAUGCCUGACAUAGAAACCCUGAUGCAGGAAUGGUCACCGGAAUUUGAGGAGCUCUUGGCUAAGGUGGGGCUCCCAACGGCGGAGAUGAGCUGUGGUCUGGCCGAGUACGUCGACAUGAUCUGCGCUAUUCUGGACAUUCCUGUGUACAAGAGCCGGAUCCAGCCUCUGCACAUCCUCUUCUCUGUCUACUCCGAGUUCAAGAACUCACAGCAUUUCAAGCCCCUGGCUGAUGGGAAGAAGGGCAGGAGCCCACCAUCCAACCCACUUUCGCAAGCGGCAGAGGUGGAGGCGUUAAGCUUUACUUGA